AUGGAAAAGAACAUCUGCUAUCAGCAACGAAGGAGAAAAGAAGUCGUCUACGACGAUUGCACAAUCGAGGACUCCUUGUCCCAAGGCGACUGGCACAUCGAAGAGGACCCAAAUGUGGACUACGACAUGCUGCUCAGAGGAUUACAAACCUGUGCUGAUCGUGUUUCGAAGCCGCGCACGACAAACUUGGAUCGAAUUUCGAAGACCACCAAGGAAUUGUUGGAAAGAAGAAGGGCUGAGGAUCUUUCGAAUUACAGGCAGAAGAAGAUUCUGGAAUCAGCACAAAGAAGAACGAGUCUAAAGAAGUGCCGCAGGGAUCUCCGCGAAUAUAAUAUUCCGUUAGCAACCUUGCUGAUCGAAGACGGGACUCGCACGUCUUCUCGUCGUGAGAUGGAAAUCCUUACGGAAAGGUUCUACUCGAACCUUUUCCGUUCAUCAACUCCUCUGUCAAACCCGAUCAUCCCCACUGGUGAAGCUUCACCACGGAUUCUCCCUUCGGAAGUACGAGACGCUAUCAAGAGCAUGAAACCUGGCACAGCCCCCGGACCUGAUUUAAUAUCAGCAGACUUUCUUCGGGCUGGUGGCCAUCCACUUCAUGUAAUCUUAGCAGCACACAUGACAUCCUACCUUCAGAAAGAAAGGAUCCCAGACCAGUGGAAAGCCUCGCCAACCGUUCUUAUUCAUAAGAAAGAUAGCCGAGAGGACCUUUGGGACUACAUACCAUCCGAUAUGCUUGCUGAACUUGUGUUGCUUGUAGUGUGUUAUACAAGGGUUCAGCUGUUUGGACCACAUCCAGACUGUGUCGAGGGUCAUAGAGAUUUGUCAAGAAUACCACCUGCUCUUUGUUCUAGCCUUCGUCGACUAUGA